CUUGUUACGAUUUUUAGACUCUGAGGAGCAGUUGGAGUUAUGGAAAUGAAAACCACUAAAUCUGAGCCAAACUCUGUAGUGCAGCCUCCCUCACCUACUGAUGGCUUUCCAUGCCAAAUGAGACUUUCUGAGAAGAUUGUGCCAUUGAAAACUUGUUUUAAGAAAAAGCCAGAUCAGAAGAGAUUGGGAACUGGAACUCUCCGGUCUUUGAGGCCAAUAUUAAACACUUUACUAGAAUCUGGUUCACUCGAUGAAGUAUUUAGGUCUAGAAACCAGAGUGCAGAUGAAAGCAGCUUACAGGACUCUAUUGUGAAGAAACCCCUGGAAAUCAAUACGCCGUGUCCACCAGCAGAAGACAAUAUGUCUGUUCUGAUUCCUGAUGGGGCAGUUGUUGGAGGUCAGAUACCAGAAGCUCAUCCACCCACUGAUGCUCCAGAACAAGUGGUUCCAAUCCAGGACCACAGUUUCCCAUCAGAAGCCAUUAGUAGGACAGUAGCAGAUUCUACAGCAGUGCACUUUCAGACUGAACUUCUGCCCCAUGUUUCAAGUGAUGUUCCUGCUAGUCCUGAUUGCAUAGACAAAGUCAUGGAUUAUGCUCCAGGGGUUUUCCAAGAAAACAGCUUUACAAUCCAGUAUAUUUUGGACACAAGUGAUAAGUUGAAUACUGAGCUGUUCCAGGACAAAAGUGAAGAGGCAUCCCUUGACCUUGUAUUUGAGCUGGUGAAUCAGUUACAGUACCAUACUCACCAAGAAAAUGGAAUUGACAUCUGCAUGGAUUUUUUGCAAGGCACUUGUGUUUACGGCAAGGAUUGUUCGAGACACCAUACAAUAUUGCCAUACCACUGGCAAAUCAAGAGGACAGCUACACAGAAGUGGCAGAGCGUGUCCAAUGACUCCCAGGAACAGUUGGAAAGAUUUUACUGUAAUCCAGAAAAUGAUAGAAUGAGAAUGAAGCACAGAGGACAAGAAUUUUGGGCAGAUUUGAAUGCUCUAAGCGUGUAUGAAACAAACGAGUAUGACCAACUUCGAAGGCUAUCCACUCCACCGUCUAGCAGUGGCACCUCUAUUUAUCAUACAUUCUGGAAAUUCUUCUGUCGAGACCACUUUGGAUGGCGAGAAUAUCCUGAGUCUGUAGUUCGAUUGAUUGAAGAAGCCAAUUCGCGGGGUCUAAAGGAAGUGCGAUUUAUGAUGUGGAACAACCACUAUAUUCUUCAGAACUCAUUUUUCAGGAGAGAAGUAAAAAGGAGACCUCUUUUCCGUUCCUGUUUUAUACUGCUUCCAUAUUUACAGACUCUUGGUGGGGUUCCUGCACAGGCCCCUCCACCUGUUGAAGCAACCUCUUCAUCAGAAAUCAUCUGCCCAGAUGUGGUCACCUCGGCAAAUUUUUACCCGGAAACUUGGGUGUAUAUGCAUCCAUCUCAGGACUUUAUCCAAGUGCCUGUUUCUGCAGAGGACAAAAGUUACCGGAUCAUUUACAAUCUCUUUCACAAGACUGUACCUGAGUUUAAAUAUAGGAUUUUACAAAUACUGAGAGUCCAAAACCAGUUUCUUUGGGAGAAAUAUAAAAGGAAAAAGGAGUAUAUGAACAGGAAAAUGCUUGACCGGCACAGAAUAAUAAACGAGAGACAUUUGUUUCAUGGAACAUCCCAGGAUGUGGUGGAUGGAAUCUGCAAGCACAACUUUGACCCUCGCGUUUGUGGAAAGCAUGCUACCAUGUUUGGACAAGGCAGUUACUUUGCGAAGAAAGCAAGCUACUCUCAUAACUUUUCUAAGAAGUCCUCCAAAGGAGUUCAUUUCAUGUUUUUGGCCAAAGUUCUGACUGGCAGAUACACGCUGGGCAGUCAUGGCAUGAGAAGGCCCCCUCCAGUCAACCCUGGCAGUGUCACCAGUGACCUGUAUGACUCUUGUGUGGAUAAUUUCUUGGAGCCUCAGAUUUUUGUCAUUUUUAAUGAUGACCAGAGUUACCCUUAUUUUGUUAUCCAGUAUGAAGAAGUCAGUAACACUGUUUCCAUUUGAAAAAUCUUGGUAUUGUUAAAUUAUUUGCUAUCAGUCCAGCAUUUGUAGCAGGUUUUGGAUGGGUGGGACUGGGUGGGAAGACAAAGUGGACAUUAAUAGGGCACUUUCAGACCCUCUUUUU